UAUCAGGCUCAGCCCAGCGCUCGUGGGGGGAGAGAAGCAAGGCCCUGCCUGGAGCUGCGGAGUAAGAGUGGGGGCUGCAAGGAGUGGCCUCGAUCUGGCCAUGUCCGACUAUCAGAUCUCAGUGGAGGAGCUGAACGACCUGCUGGCUAACGGGAGCGGCUGCUACAGCCUCCCCAGCGCGCACAGCAACGAGGUGGCACCCCGCAUCCACGUGGGGAACGCGUUCAUAGCCAAGAAUAUCAUGAGACUGCAGCGCCUGGGCAUCACCCACAUCCUGAACGCAGCUGAGGGGAAAUCCUUCAUGCAUGUGAACACUAAUGCAGAGUUCUACGAAGGCACAGGCAUCACCUACCAUGGCAUUAAAGCUAAUGAUACCCAAGAAUUUAACCUCAGUCGCUAUUUUGAGGAGGCAGCUGACUUUAUUGACAGUGCGCUGUCCCAGAAGGAUGGCCGGGUAUUUGUGCAUUGCCGUGAAGGCUACAGCCGCUCCCCGACACUGGUCAUUGCUUAUCUGAUGCUUCGCCAGAACAUGGAGGUCAAGUCCGCUGUGAGCGCUGUCCGGCAGAAGCGGGAGAUUGGGCCCAAUGAUGGCUUCCUGAAACAGCUCUGCCAGCUCAAUGAGAGAUUAGUGAAGGAGGGCAAACUGAAGCCCUAAACUGAGGAGCUGCAUUUUCUCAGAAGGGCUCUCCGAACUGUCAAAGGGUGCACGUUAGGUGCUUUAGAUACCCAAAAUCAAACGGCUAGGCUAGGUCAUGUGGUGUGAGGGAGGCAGAGUCCCUUCUCCUUGUCUAGUGAAAGUAUCUCCCACAUGUCUGGGUCUGUCCUUUAAAAUAGCACAAAGCUCCAUCACUCCUAGGAGUUGUUGCACUAAAGAAAGCUCUUUAGAGGGAUAACUCCAACAAUGUAUCAGCUGUCAUCACAUGUGUUUGUUUCAGAGCCCACUGGAGGUCCCAUGACAUAAUGUGCUUCGCAUUGACUUUGGAUGUCAUUUAUUUAAGCUUCAUGUUCUUGAAUCCCAUCCAUGCAGCUCAGCCACAUGGGUGCCCAAGAGCAGAAACGCACCUCCCUUCACUUGCUUUUAAUUGAAGUACUGUAUUUUUAAAAGUGUAUUUCACACACUCACAGGUGCCUAAAGUCUGCACUCUCCCCUAUUAGUGUGUAUAGCUUUGUGUGUGGUAUGGAUAUAUACAAUACAGUAUACAUACAGGGCUUGAGUGUGGCAGUAAAGCCAUCCAGAGUCUGAUGUUAAUACAAGUACCCUUGUAAAUAGAGUUUGUAUAUCUGUUAUUUGUGUUUAUUAUUAAGUAGAAACAAAAAUGCUGUAUUUUUUCAUCUUAAAAUUCAGAAGGAAAAGUAAAAUAUAGAGAGCCAGUAUCAAAGGACAGAAUUGAAAGUGAGGAGCAGAGAAUGGGAGUGCUUAGGUAUAUUGAUACUUGGUGUGGUAUAAGAACCUGAACAGAAGACACACACAAUAUGAAUUGGCUGCUCAUGAGGGAUUUAGGUGAAUUUCAGGUUCUUUUUUUUUUUUUUUUUAACCUCACUAUUAUUUAUAUUGCCCCUGGAAAGCUUGAACCUGAAAUCUUUCUCCUCACUGAAAUGUUUUCCCUUCAAGAAGCACACAUGCUGAUUGCUUAUUGUAAGUUGCCCAUUGUAAGGGACAGCACAUUCUGGCUUGAAGUAGGAUUGCACUGUUUGUGUUUAAACAGAAAUGAGCCCUGUUGUCCAUCACAUGGGCAUGGCAAACAUUUACUUCCAAGUGGUUGAUAUCUUUGGCCUCUCUUAGACACUGCCUCAUUGAGUCACUGCAGUAUCUGGAGAGGGAACUGCUUCGUUUACCAUGUGUAUGUUGGCUGAGUGUGCAAACAUAACUUUAAAGACUAGCACAGUGCUGUACAUGUACUCAGGGCCUCACCGGUGCACCCACAGAGUUGUUGGUAAUGCUAUCAGAACCCUGCACAUACUUGUUCAGUUUUUCUGUGUGUUUUUAUGUAUUAACAGGAAAACCUCUUGUAUUAUUGAUGCACAGAGUGCCCAGCACUAGGUUGUUCUUUUUAUGUAUUCGAUUUUUUUAACCAUGUGUUAUUUCCUGAUCUAUUUUUAUUUUAAUAUUUUUACACUGUUUGGUUUCAAGAAAGUUGUGGGUUGGGUCACUUGGCCUAUAACUCCACAUGUGACUUCUCUAGUCAAAAACAGGGCUUGCUUCAGUUUCUUUGCAUAGGAUAGGUAUAGCCAAACAGAUAGUCCAGCUAGCACCAUACUGUGUCUCUGUCAGCAGCUAGUUCCAGAUGCUUCCACAGAAAAAUGGCCUCAUAAUGGAUGAUUAUGGAACAAUCAGCACAUAGGGUAAGUAUGUACUGAAUUCCAUCUACUGAAUCCUGUGCAUUUAGUGAUUUGGCAUUUGCCCUGAAUUACAACCUUUAUAGAAUUUUAUCAUAUCUAAUGCAUUUGGGGAUACUUUUCACUAUCAAUAUAAAUGUCUGAUUUUUUAAAAAACCUUGACUUCCAUGUAUUGUGGUAAUGAGUUCCACAUGUUAAUUAUGUUUGUGUAAAAGUCUUUCCUGUUGAUCAGAUUUUUAAAUCUAUUGCCUUUUAAUUUCCUUGGUUGCCCAUUUUUCUGGUAUUAUGAAAGCUGGUGAAUAGGAGCACCUACCUUAUCUUUUCUACAUUACUCAUUCUCCAUUUUGUAUACUACAAUCUUGUUUACAGAUAAAGCUGUUUUUCUACUUGAUGGAAUAGAGCUUUUAUCUCUUUACCUACAUCAGUGUAUUGCAAAUAUGAAUCAAAAUAAUAUAGAAAACACACUCUCUCUGUCUCUUUGGCUUUGAUUUGGUAUUUAGAAGCUAGGGCUCCAACCCAAUGAGUGAUCUAAAAAGAAAUUAUUAUUAGGUAUUAGAUUUUUUUUAUUCCACAGAUGCUCCUGGAUUGAUCUGUUUAGUUAGUGGGAGUGUGAUCAGAAACAUCCAGGAAGGAUCUCAGUAUUUUUUGUUGGAAUAGUAGAGUCCAUCUGCUUUGUGGUGAUGAUAGGAUUUGCACAGCUCUGUAUUGUCUUAAUGAACCACCUAAAAGCAGGUGGAGAGAUUGCUGCUUGCUGUUGGCAUAUGAUUAAAAUGAACUGGAAAUCAAGAAAGAUAUGAAAAAUAUCUCCAUAUUUUUCUUCUUUUAUAGGACCUUUUCAGAGUUCAUUUGCAGUGGUGUAAUAUCACUAAUUUCAGUGGCAUAACAUCUGAUUUACCCCAGUGUAAAUUGAGAUCAGAACCAGGUCUUCAGUGUUCAAACUUGGCAGAUGUGGUACCUGUUGAGGAUGAAUGACAGAUGCCUGUGGGAAAUGAAUUAACCCAAAAGCAAGCUCUGAAACAUUAUAUCCUAUAGUGAGUUACUGAGUACUUUGAUUCAUACAUAAAACUGAUUCCUUGUUUCUUGUUCUGCUCAUACUCUUGAAAAGUGUAAAAAGGGUAGCCGUGUUGGUCUGGAUCUGUAACAGUGGCAAAGAGUCCUGUGGCACCUUAUAGACUAACAGACGUGUUGGAGCAUAAGCUUUCGUGGGUGAAUACGUCUCCAAUACGUCUGUUAGCCUAUAAGGUGCCGCAGGACUCUUUGCCACUUGAAAAGUAUAGUUAAGAGUAUAACUUGUGAUGUCACAUGUGCUCCUCCAGUCUUUCAUCUGUUCUUCCAGUCUAAGCCCUUUAAUGUUGCAUAGUAUUCUGCAGAUUGAAGCUGUCUAAGAAGAGCUCUUAGUUCUAAAUUUAAUUCCAUAAUUAUGUUACGCUUCUUAGUGCAUCUCUUUGACUGUAGGUGCCAGAUCUUAUUAAAAGGGAAAAAAUAGAGAUUUCCUCCAUCAUAAGAUGAAAUUGACAAAGUACCAAAAAAAAUACUGUGCCUUUUUACUGAAACUGGAGUGGAGCUGCCAGCUGCUGCUGUGUGUUCCUUACUGGUGUGACCAUUGAGAAAGAUAUUUUUAAGCACAGAAGAGUAGGUAAGUAGUAACAUGGUGCAGUACCAGUGAUAAAACUCUUUUAGCUGUAACUAAGAAUGCCUCUUCUGGAUUUGUUGAUAAAAGUUUUAUCUCUAAAUAACAGCACUUUGCUUUUUGUCAGAGUAGAUAGAGUUAGAGCUUUGGAGAAGGGAGGAUGUCUCUUCAGGAUACAAACCUGUCACAGAGCAAGUAAAUCUGCCAUGCCAGAUCCAAAAUAACAAGAACAAAAGCAAUUGCUUUUUGCUUUGCAGGAAUGUUUUGGGUUUGUUUGGUUGUUUACUAAAAAAGCAACUCCAAUAAGUACUGAGUCCUCUAAAAUAUUAUCGUUGUUUGCAAAGACUGUUCUCAUGCUUUAGACUGAACCAAAAAUGUCCUAGCCAUUUCACUACUACAGGGGCAGGGUUUAUAAUUUAGAGAAGAGUAUGAGGUGUGGGACUUCAAUAAUCAGAAACCUUUUUGUACUUUUUUGUUGUCGUCAUCCUUGGGCCAUGCAACUAAGACACAGCUGUUUACAACAGAACUGCAACAGUUCUGCAUGUUACACUACAGCAACAUGUAGUACAGCCAGAAAUUAGUUCAUGAAUGGGUGCUGUUGCAACUGUGUACGGUGAACAAGUGGUUUCCUGUAAAUGGCAAACAUUUUGCAAAACUAGUUCAGAAUUUGAGAAGUAGGCUCUGAAUGGAGGACUAGUAGCCAGUAACUACUGUGUUCCAAUUCCAUUUGGACUCAUUGUAUGACACUGGGCUGGUCCUUUCUCCUAUAAAAUGGAAACAAUACUUACCUACCUCACAGGGAUGUUGAAGAUUAAUUAAUGGUUAGAAAGUACUUUGAAGAUUAAAAGCACUACAUAAAUGCUGAGUAUUAUGCAAUCUUUGACUUGAAAAUCUUCUGUCACAUGUAUGUUCCUUCUGACAAGAAGGAAUCAUUACAAUAGGUGUGAGAGUGGCAAUGCUUUAUAGUCAUUUAAAUAUUUACAAUGAACUCUCUCUUGGUCAGGGCCAGUUAAAAUCCCUGAUGCAGGCGUGAGUACAAACAGCAGGAAUUUUACUUUCUCCAGUUUCAUUAAAAUUAGUAUUACUAGUUUGACUGCGCUAAAAUAAUUUUGUUCAUGCAUCCAUGUCAUGGGCUCUGCCAAUGUGUAAAACUGAAAAUAGAACAGACCUAGGUGGUAACUUCCAUGCGUUUAUUAUUGGAAAUUGGAAACCUCGUGUUCUGUGAUAUCCCAACCCUAAACAUAAAUGGGCAGCUUCUGCCCUACAGUGUUUUCUAUGGGAAUUUGGAAUUGAAAGUCUAAAAUGUAACUUUGAAGCUGUUAGUACCACCCACAAACUUCUAAAAAAAAAUCCUGAUCUAUACCUAUAGAUCUAGCUAAAUGGUACUGAUCUAUACAAACAGAACCUGCACUGGCUUUCUGUUGAAUAUCUCAGCUUUCUGUUUCCAUCCAGUGGGAUUAGCAAUUGUACAGGUUUGUCAACGAGCCAUUCUUGUCUCCUUUCGUGUACACUUUACGGCUCCUGUACUACUGGAGUUGGAAAACAGCUUUCUGUACAGGGUACUAGAGAGGAAAAUGUACAGGGCACAAAGUUAUGUAGCGAGCAGGUUCUUUUCCUCUAUCUUGGUUGGAGCUCCUGGUGUUCAGUAAGAGGAGUUUUAUUCCAUUAUGUGGGGAUCACUCCAAUUAGAAAAAUCAAAUGUACAAUGCUCAUGUUUUGUGAUGUGACAAAAUAAAUUACCAGAGUUAAAUUGUUUGUUCUGUACAGUGUGUUGUGGUGUUUUGCAAAAAAAAAAAAAAAAACACCAACCCCAAAUAUGUUUGAGCAAUGUGCAAUAAAGUCUGUAUGGUGCAGUUGGCAUGAUGAA